CGCGCUGGUGAUCUGGGGGCAGAGGAGGGGGGUCGGCUGGAGGAUUGGAUGGAAGCGAGCUGUAUCCAGUCUGCCAUGGCUCUCGGGCUCUCCUCCAAGAAAGCCUCUUCCAGGAACAUCGCCGUGGAGAGGAAGAAUCUCAUCACGGUCUGCAGAUUUUCCGUGAAGACCCUGCUGGAGAAAUACACCACGGAGCCCAUUGACGAUUCGUCGGAGGAGUUCAUCAACUUCGCUGCCAUUCUAGAACAGAUCUUGAGCCACCGCUUCAAAGGUCCCGUCAGUUGGUUCAGCUCCGAUGGGCAGCGUGGCUUCUGGGAUUACAUCCGCCUGGCCUGCAGCAAGGUCCCCAACAACUGCGUCAGCAGCAUUGAGAACAUGGAGAACAUCAGCACGUCUAGGGCCAAGGGCCGGGCCUGGAUCCGCGUGGCGCUGAUGGAGAAACGCAUGUCGGAAUACAUCACCACGGCCCUGAGGGACACCAGAACCACCAGAAGGUUUUACGACGACGGGGCUAUCAUGCUGCGAGAAGAGUCCACUGUGCUCACCGGGAUGCUGAUUGGCCUCAGCGCCAUUGACUUCAGUUUCUGCUUGAAAGGGGAAGUAAUGGACGGGAAAACCCCUGUGGUCAUUGACUACACCCCGUAUCUGAAGUUUACACAGAGCUACGAUUACCUGAGCGACGAGGAGGACCGGAGGAGCGUGGAGAGCAGCACGAGCGAGGAGAGCUCCCCCGAGCACCCCUACCAGCUGCUGGUCACCGACGAGGACAGCUGGUACAACAAGUGGCGAAAGAUGGAGCAGAAGUUCCGCAUCGUGUAUGCGCAGAAGGGGUACCUGGAGGAGCUGGUGCGUCUCCGGGAAUCCCAGCUGAAGGACCUGGAGGCGGAGAACAAGCGCCUACAGAUGAGGCUGGAGGAGGUGAAGGUGCAGAACCAGCUGGAGAAGAGGGAGCUGGAGGGCGUCAUCCUGGAACUGCAGGAGCAGCUGACGGGCCUGAUCCCCUGUGAGAACACCCAGCUCUCCAAGGAGAUGGCCACGCCGCUGGUGAACCAGUGGCCGUCGCUGGGGACCCUCAAUGGGAACGAAAGCGGGUCAGACGCCAAGCUGUACAGGAGGCACAGCUUCAUGAGCACGGAUCAGCUGUCGGCGGAGAACAGCCUGAGCUCGGAUUCCCAGAGGCUGGGGGAGGGCAAGCAAGAAGGAGAGCCCUGGGGGCCAUUGGGGAAGGACCCCACCCCGUCCAUGCUGGGGCUCUGCGGCUCCCUGGCCUCCCUCCCUAGCUGCAGGUCCCUGGCCAGCCUGAAAUCUAACGAGUGCCUGGUGAGUGACAGCAACGAAGCCAGCCCCGCCCACAGCCCCAGUUGAGACGCUGUGCGGCGCCACUCGUCCUGGGAUCGGCGGUUCCCACCGGGGAGCCAAGAGGCGAACCAAGGAGCCGCCACCAUCUCGAACCAACGGGACCAAUGCGACAGGCAAAUGGACCUUACUGAACUUCUUGAGGGUCUGGGGCAGCCAGCCCCACCCCUGACUGAUUGGCUGCAUCCUUACAGACGUGGGCCCCAUUCCUCCCGAGGGACGCUUAACCGAGUACUUCAUAUCUUACGCUCGUACGGAGCCGGAAGGGUCCCGACGUGCUUUGUGAAAUGUGCCUCAUAGAGCGGGGCACUGCACCUGACUGCAGAAAAGCAGCCACCUCUGGGGUGGACCGAGGCAGCCGUUUAACCGCCGUGCUGCACAGCAGCUGAAGGACAGGGCGUGAAGAAGGAUCCUGCACCUGACUGAAAUUGCAAAAAGGAGGGAGGAGUUGGGGGGGGACCAGGACAUAAAUCCUGCAUCCGGAGCUUUCGCUUGGCUGGAAAGGGUGAAGAGUGGAGGCGGGGUGGGGCACUGUCACAUGACCAUGGCCUCCCCUUGGGGCACGCCCUUGACAGUGUCCCACCCUGUUUAUCACUGCUGUGGAACGAGCUGGUUGGGGCCGAGAUGCCUCCUCCCAUCAGGACACUGUAUGGCCCCCUAGGCACAUGAGAAGCCGAAGGGGGAUUGUGGGGCUUCCCUCAGCCCUGCACCACAGUCUUGGACUCUUGUGCCCUUCUGCCAGGGGCCGGAUGCUUUGAAAAGUGGCUUUGCAGCCCAAGGGGCUGUCUGCCCCGUGGAGGCGAGACCCCCAAACCGCUCCCUCCUCCGGUUUUGCGUGCCCCGUCAUGCCUAGCAACUAUCCCCGCCUCGGUGGGUGGAGGGGAUUCCGUCUCCUCCACCACCCAUGUCCUGCUGCUGCCCUGCGUGUCUCGCUCCCCAGCGCCCCCAUCCGGGGCAUGUUGGGCACCCUCUGACGGGGAGAAGAGCCCCAGCGCCCCCCUGGCAUUUUCUAGCCCCGGCUGGGGGCAGGCCCUGUCGAAGCAAACAGACAAUAAAUGCAGAUAUGAACUGGG